AUAUGGGCCCCCAUACCCAUGGCUAAGAGAAUCGCCCUGCCUCAUGAGCAGCGAUUGGCAGAAGCUGGCAGACUUGUGGUAUCGGAAGCCGGAGGUUUACCCGGCGCAAUGGUCAGAUGAUCCUGAUCGACUACAUCUUUGCCUUGCAGCAGGAGCACCGUUUGGUGGGCCUGUGGCUACUGUGCGGAAUGAGCACGUCUUCCAGCCGGUGAAGGGAAGCCUCCAGACCCAUCUGCAGACCUGGACCGCUGCGGGGCGCUUGAUCCAAUCGGCCCCAUGGGUACACACUGGUUUGGUGACAAUGGGCUGGAGUGCGCAGGAAACUUUGGUCUGUGUCUUUGAAUCUGGUCUGAUCCGGACGUAUUCCGUGAUGUGUGAGCCCCUUCAUGUCUUCACCAUCGACGAGAGGAUCAAGUCCGAGGGUGGUGCCAUCAUGGCAUCCCUGUGGCCCACGGGGGUGGCUGUUUUGACGAGAAAGUCGAGCCUCUUUGUGAAUACCUCCCUGACCCGUUCGGAAGAUGCCUGUCAUCGUUUUGCUGACCUGCGUGUGCCCAGUGCACCCUUGUGCAUUUGUGCUCUCCCGCCACCUUCGGAGGAAUCCGCUGAUGUGCAGGUCAUUGUUGGAACGGCCGAGGGGCCGGUGCUAAUGGUGGACAGGCAUAGCACCAGAGACAUUGGCCUCACUGAUGGUCCGUUUAUGGCCUUCUCUUUGUCGAAUAGCGGUCGCUUACUGGCAUGCUUGAGCACGAAGGGCGUUUUCAAGGUCGUUGCUGUGAGCGAUGAGUUGAAAGUCCUGGAUGUGGCGAACAUCGAACGCAUCCGAAAACCCAAGCAGAUGGUCUGGUGUGGUGAUGAUUGCAUCGCCUUGUAUUUGGUUGCCCCUGCUGAUCACAAUAGUUUGCAGCAUGUUCUCUUUGUUGGUGGGCCGCAGAAUGAUUGGAUUCCUUACCAGUAUGACUCGCCACUGCAUUUGGUUUCCGAAUGCGAUGGUUGCAGAGUCAUGGGGACACACAAGAUUGAGUUUGUGCAAAGAGUGCCCCACAGUGUUGAAUCCAUCUUCAGCAUUGGCAGCUAUGACAAUCCCGCGUUGCUACUCUAUGCAUUGGAGCAGUACGAGAAGGGGGAUGUUUGUGCCCAGGAGUCGCUGAGACCCAUCAAGGACCAGCUGGCUGACGCAGUUUCCAGUUGUCUGGACGCAGCCCUUUGUGAGGCCUGGCUGGUGGAUGGAGCCAGAGGCCUUGUCUUCCUUGUCUCCCAGCUUGUCUCCCAGCUUGUCUCCCGGCUUGUCUCCCUGAUUGUCUUCCUUCUUGCCUUGUCUCCCUUGUCGCCCAGCUUGUCUCCCAGCUUGUCUCCCCCGAGAAUCGCGCAUACUUUCACUGAGCUCCGGGAUUGA